UCAAGUGAUAUUUGCCUUGUUCAAUGGCUUUGCGGUCACAUUUCUUAGCUUUGUUCCUUUUCUCGGCAACUCUCUCAUCUUGCCUCGUGGUCUCGGCUUCCCUCGUCGAAGGAAAAGUCUCUUGUUUCGACUGUCCCAAUGAUUAUGAUUAUUCAGGAAUCAUGGUCGGUGUUAGCUGUAGUCUCACCAAAACGCAUUUCACCGUAACAACCGACAAGAAGGGUGAGUUCAUGUCGAAACUUCCCUCAAGGAUCGAAUCAAACUGUGAAGCAGAACUCCAAGGCAGCUUCAAGCAACUUUAUGCAUCCAAGAAUAACAUUAAGUCGAAGAUUGUUAAGCUUGAUGGUGACAAAUAUGGUCUCUCUUCAAAGUUGAUCUUCUUGAAAUCAUAUCCAAGAAGCCUCGGAUCUUUUGGUUCGUCUAAGACCGUUGAUUUACCUGUUCCUCCCGAGUGGGGGCUGGCUCCGACCAGUUAUUAUGUUCCUUUCUUGCCCAUCAUCGGUAUCCCAUAAGACACAGUACUGUUUUAAUCCUUGUUUUGUGUGUUUCAUGUAAUAUAUUCAUAUUAUGUAUGUGUAGAGACAUGUAACUAUCUAAGCUGUUAUUUUCAAGUCUAUGCUUGAACUGAAGUUUGUGUGUGAUCUUAGUGUCUGAAGAUGGUUUAUGUUGUGACCCUUUUAUGAAGCAUAAUUUAAUAUGAAAUCUGUUAGGAUUUGUGUUUACUCUAACAAACAGUAACUACUAGU